UAACGCUGUUAGGCGCCCCACUUGAGGAGUUACAGCUAGUUUGAUAUUAUCAACAUUUUUAAAUUGCCAGACUGUAGCUUUUCCUACGUAUCCUUAUUUACGCUAGCCAACACUUGCCGGGCAGGGCAGCCAUAUUACAUUAACCGUUAGAGUAAAAUUAAUUUUUAGCGUGGCUUUUUCCUUGUCUUGUGUCCGUUUAAUUGUACCGUGCCAGUGCCAUGAACUGGUCGCUGAUUAUCUCCAUUUUGAUCAGUUGCCUGCAGGGCGGGGAGAGUGCCUCCUUCGACGAGGAGUGCCCCACGCUAGCCGACGGCGACAGCCUGUCGCAGACACAGCUGCUGGACCGCCUGACUCACGGCUGCCGAUACGAUCGCCUGGAGCGCCCCAUCACCUACACGGAGACGGGCACACGCCUCCCGGUGGACGUCUACAUGCGCGCGUACAUUUACUUUAUGCAGAACCUGGAGGCCCACGAUCUGCAGUUCAAGAUAUACGCCCUGCUGCAGAUGCGCUACUUCGACCCGCGGCUGAACUUUCGCAAUGUCAGCCCCAAGCGGCGGCAGCCCAUCCUCGGCGAGCAGCAGCUGCGCGACUCUCUCUGGAUGCCGCACAUCUUCCUGGCCAACGAGCGUGACUCCAGCAUUUUGGGCACCACGGAGAAGGACAUUCUCACCUCGAUCUCGCCGGACGGCACUGUCAUUGUCUCGAACCGCAUCAAGGCCACGCUCUACUGCUGGCUGAACCUGAAGAAGUUCCCCUUUGACGAGCAGGACUGCUCCACGGUGCUCGAGAGCUGGAUGUACAAUACUUCGGAGCUGGUACUGCACUGGGAGCAGAAGCGACCGAUCACCUACGAUCCGGCCCUGCACCUAACCGAGUUCCUGCUGCAGCGCUCCUGGUCCAAUGAGACGGUGAUCAACGCGGAUCUCAGUGAUUUGCGGCAUGGCGCCUUUGCCGGCAACUACAGCUCGCUGAGCUUUACCGUCCACCUUACGCGAGUGGUGGGCUUCUACCUGAUGGACUACUUCUUUCCCUCGAUGCUGAUUGUGGCCAUAUCGUGGGUGUCCUUCUGGCUGCAGGCGGACCAGGCUCCGCCCAGGAUAACGCUUGGCACCAGCACCAUGCUAACCUUCAUAACGCUGGCCUCGGCGCAGGGCAAAACUCUGCCCAAGGUGAGCUACAUCAAGGUUUCGGAGGUGUGGUUCCUCGGCUGCACCAUUUUCAUAUUCGGCAGCAUGGUGGAGUUUGCUUUUGUGAACACCAUCUGGCGGCGCAAGCAGAAUGUGCCCCUCAAGAAGCUCAACAGCAAGCACAUCCUCAAGUCCACGCUGUCGCCCCAUUUGCUGCGUCGCCGCAGUCACGCCCGCUCGCGCUCCUUCUCGGGCAUGGCCCGCCAGCCGGACACCAGUUCGCUGGCCGGGGCUGGCUUCAACAAUUAUCUGACUGUGAAUUUGCCCAUCACCACGAUCACAGAGGGUCAGGUGAUGGGCCAAAGGCGCGAGGGCUUCGCCAGCCAUAAGCGGAAGAGCAGCGGCCAGGCCAUGAGCACCUCCAGCCAGAAGAUGGAUAUAUCCUUUGUGGAGAGCGCCUUUGCUGUACCACCACCACCUGGGCAGCCGGCGGCGGCUCUGAGCGAAACUGCCACCUCUCAGAUGUACAACAACAAUCGAUCGGAGGGCAUUGGCAUUGGCAUUGGAGCGGAAGAGAUGGACUUUACUGGCUGGACCACGCUGACACCGCAGGAAAUUGCCAUGUGGAUCGAUAGUCGUGCUCGUUUUGUGUUCCCUGUGGCCUUUCUGGUGUUUAACAUGUUCUUCUGGACAUUUGUCUAUUGCAUUUGA